AUGAUAUCAAGAAAAGGACAAAAGGCUGUUAAUGAAGGUGUGGUUGGAAAAUACAUAAAGAAAGAUACACCUCCAGAUUUACCUAUUAUAAAUGUAUGGACUACUGGACAUAACAAAAGACCCCGAAGCCAGCCGUUCGGUACGAGUGAUCCUGUAUCACAGAGCCAUGAAAAUAAAUUUGGCAAGGCACAAACUAUGAGUGGACAUGCUGGCAAAUAUACACCGAGUGAGUCAGUACCAAAUUUAGCACACAGGUUUGCCAGUUUAUCCACUAGCGAUACAGCAAGUACAUCAAACAGCUACAAUUCACAAUAUCUCUUGGAUUCAAAUGUGGCUUCACAGGCUUCUCAUACAACUUUGAAUGAAAGAGAUGACUCAUAUUUGGCAUUGAGUAGACAAACAAGCUACAGAUAUUAUAGACAGCCACAACAAGAGGAUCCCAUUUAUCAGAAUCAACAACAGGUUCAACAGCAGAAACAGCAACAGUAUGGAUCACGGGAAUCUAGCAUGCCAAGACUGUCUUCCAACUUAAGUUUAACACCAAGACUGCACUCUCCAUCACCACAUACACUUCAUCUUCAGAAUUACACGGACUCAUAUGCCUCAUCAAGCCAGUCUUCGCCAAUAUACUCAAAUUGUAUGAAUACAUCAGUUCUUCCAUACAACAAGGCUCAUGGGAGUAAAAUUAUCACAAGCUCGCAAGGAUCUGAUGAGUGUGAGCUUCCUCUUCCUCCUGGAUGGUCAGCAGACCGAACUCUUCGUGGGCGCCGUUAUUACAUGGACCACAACACCCAGACAACUCAUUGGACUCACCCAUUAGAAAGUGUGCCUCAACCUUGGCAAAGAGUCUCCACACCUCACCAUGGAGUUUAUUAUUUCAAUGAAAUCACGCAUCAGACAACAUAUGCCCAUCCGUGUCUAGUUGGUGGCUGUUAUUUAGUCAGUCCUUAUGUUCCUACUCUCGUGCCACCAUAUUUACUUGAAGAAAUACCUCACUGGCUCAUUGUAUAUUCUAAAGCUGAUCAAGAACUGGACCACAAGUUACGCUGGAACAUGUUCAGACUGAGUGAACUGGACUGCUAUUCUGAUAUGCUGACACGGCUGUACAAGCAAGAGUUACAACUCAUUGUUAUGAAGUUUGAGCGCUACAGAUCUGCACUCUUACAAGAAAUAGAAAGGCGACGACAUGCUGCUAUCACAUACCACGGACACUCCAACUGCUGA